CUUCAUAUUCAUCUUCCCACCUCUGUUGCGAUCUGUGGUUUCUGGGCUGGUGAGAAGUGGGAUAGUCAGACAGAGAUCCUAGGUCUGCUCUAUCAGGAUACCGCCUGUCAGAUAUCAUCACACUUAUCCACCAAGAAUCACAUUAGCUUCCGACUCAAACCCAUUUCAAGUCGAGCAUCAUGUCCGACCUCUCACAACCACUCCUCGAUAAGGAGAAUCUUGACCGAUCAUCAGUCGAGCCAAUCAUUCCCCGUCGCUCCAAGUCAAGUUCAUGGAGCGUUUUUCAGCUCGUAUCGGCCGCUGUGAUCGGAGGUCUCAUCACGACGGUCCUUCAUCGGUGCAUCCCAGUCUCAUCAAAGGCCGGUUCGAUCCAGCAAGAAGUCCAUGCUGAAACCGUUCCAAUGUGUCCCAGUACCGACGCACUACCUAUCAUUGCGCCUCGCACAAACAUCUGGAAGAAUCUCGAUCUCGAAGAAGCACUCGACGUUCGAGCUUGGCUAUCUGAUCCUGAGAGAGGGCUGAAUCUGACUCAUGCACAAGGUGCCAGCCCGAGUGAUAACUAUAUCCAGCUGGUCGAAGUGGCUCAUCCACCCAAAAGCCAAGCUCUCAAAUAUCUUCAAGAUGAAACCCCCCUCGAUCGAUACGCACACGCUAUUAUCGCCCAUGGAGGAAAGGACGUCGUCGUCGAUUACCUCGUCGGCCCACUGCCCAUCUCUGAGAAUACAACCUUCCGACCGAGAUCUGAAAACUAUCAUAACCCUGUCCCUCUGAACGCCCAUAUCCUUCUCAAUUGGACCAUGCUGGCGGAGCGUUUCGCCACGAUCAUCGCUCCUAUAGAUCCAGUCACGCGAGAUCUGUUCAAUGGAUCAAUCUUGGACGGGACACUUCAGUUUGCAGGCAUAGCGCCGACGAGCUACGACGGGAAAUGGAGACGCACAUGGGGCCAACUCAGACGAGCUGAUCCCGGUAGUUGGCUUCAACCGCUUGACAUGUACUUUUACGUCGACAUGAGUGGAAAUGACAUGUCGCAAUACUCUGUCUUGAAAGCCGUGUAUGAGGGCAAAAUGUACGAUGGAUUGGACGACUUAGUGGCGGCAUGGAAGGAAGGACAUCUAACCAAAUCGCCGCCUUCUUCAUACGAGUGGGCUACUCGCGCAAUUCGGGGCAAGAUGAGAGAUCUGGACGAUCGAGCGGGACCGAGGAGUGUUCAUUUUGACGGUGCCAGAUACAGGUUCGACGAAAAGGAGCAGUACGUGACCUGGAUGGGUUGGGCCUUCUACGUCGGCUUUGAGAGAGACAUGGGUGUCCAUCUCUGGGACAUCAACUUCCGGGGCGAACGAAUCAUCUAUGAACUUUCUCCACAGGAAGCGAUGGCGCAGUACUCUGGCAGUGACCCCCAUCAAGGCAAUUCGGUGUGGCUCGACAGGACAUUCGGUAUGGGUGGUACUGUGCGAGACGUCAUCCUAGGCUACGACUGUCCUCAUGAUGCUUUGCUUCUGAGUGCCACUACCCAUGAGCGGGGUACAGCAGUGCAGAGGCAAGGAAUUUGUGUAUUCGAGCGGGAAAGUGGAAGACCAUUGUCCAGGCAUACGGGUCGAGCGAAGAAUGAAAUGGGAGCCGUCAAAGGGUACGAGCUGGUCGUGAGGAGUGUCUCAUCAGUAGGCAACUAUGACUAUAUCUUCGACUACACGUUCCAAUUGGACGGUACGAUCGAGAUCCGAGUCUCUGCUUCGGGCUAUCUGCAAGGUGGAUACUGGCACGAAGGAGACGAUGAUUACGGGCACCGUAUACAUGAGCGAAACAUGGGUUCGCUGCACGACCACGUGAUGAACUUCAAAGUGGAUUUUGACGUUGCGGGUACGCAGAACUCAUUCAUGGCUGUUUCUUUGGAGAUGGAGGAUAAAGAAGCUCCAUGGUUUGAUGAUGAUUGGGGCACGACCCGCCAUCAACAGAAGAUUGUUCGCAGAAUUCUGGAGGAAGAGUCCCUGCUGGAAUACCCUCACAAUAUGGAAGGCGCCUAUGUCAUACUAAACCAGAAUGCCACAAACGCUUGGGGCAAUCACCGAGGCUAUGCUGUCCAUCCCGGACCUCUCUGCCAUCUGACCAAUCUCGAUAGCAAGCGGACGGAGAAUAGUGUCAAUUGGGCCAAGCACCACUUGGCAGUCUCUAAACGGAAGGACGAUGAGCCCACAAGCAGCUCAAUGUGGAAUAUGAACUUGCCGGGUGCUCCUCCUGUCAACUUUUACAAAUUCUUCGACAACGAGUCGAUCGUCCAGGAAGAUCUCGUCCUGUGGAUCAACUUGGGAACGCAUCACAUCCCCCGGGCGGAAGACACCCCAAACACCUUGACCAAUGUCGCAACAUCUUAUGUCUUGCUGACUCCAUGGAACUACAACGAUCAUGAUGUCUCCAUUGAGUCUCGCAACUCUGUCCUAUUGAACAAGAAGGGCGGCUGGGUGAUCGAAGAACAGAGUAUUUCGUCUGCGACUUGUUCUCCACCCAGACCGCCAAAGUUGGCUUACCGCGAUGGUGAGGCUUGGAAUGAGGAUGGGAAAGCGAUCAAUGAGGAUGUAUACGCCUUGAUAUCGGAUGUGGGCACUCCUCUGGUAGCUAAAGUCGGGGCGUUCAAUGGGCGUGGGGAGCUGUGAUACAUUCUCAACAUUAUGCAUGUCAGGUUGAAGGGGGGUACGUCAACCCGGACCGAGGACCGGUGAUCCCCGAUGGCGC